GAUAUUUCCUUGGAUUUGUAUAAAAGGCAAAUUGCAGAUACCACAAAUGCAGUGAAUUUAGAUCUGUUCCAAUGCCUGUUCCUCUGUGCCUGCUUGGCCGUGCUAGAGCCCAAAUAGCGACAGCCCUUCAGGUCAGAUUUCUAGCGAACAAAGAUGCCUCCAACAUUGAGCUACCGCCUGAACCGACUACGUGCUGCAUGUCAGGAUGUGCCAAUUGCGUUUGGGUCGAAUACGCACAGACUGUGGCCAAGAUUCUCGGCGACAACGAUGAGCGUGCACGAGAAAUAGUUUUAGCCAAGAUCAAAGAUCCUAAUUUACGCAUGUUUUUGGAAAUCGAGCUGCGUAACUUGAAGCAAGUUCGAGAGAGCAGGCCAGAGGAACCUAAGAAAUGAAGCCAACUAGUCUAAGGAAUAGCACAAAAUUGUUUAAGUAGCAUAAAUUAGUUUGUUGAAAUA